AUGCCGAGGAGAAAGCUCCGCCAGAGCAACAUCAAGUCCCCUUUCUCCUGGAGGGGAGGAAGGGAGUUCCAACCUCUUCCUACAACUUCGGGGUCUCCCAGCCAACUUUCCCCUGCGGACGGGCGGCUCCCGCGCCAAGCCCCAACGCCUGCUACUUGCCUACCUCGGAGUCCACACAAAGCUCACGGGUCCCCGGCGGAGGAGUCACAUCGUUAUCUCGCUCCUGGCCCCUGCGCCCAGCCCCGAUCCCCGUCGCGGAGCCGCUGGCCGCCCGCCCCACAGCAGCGGUGGCAACUGCAGUUCAAGUGUCUCAUCAAAGCUUCCCGAAGAGGAGGCGGGGGGCACGCCGGGCCGGCUCCUCGGCCCCGCCCGGGAGCCCGCGGCGCGACGUGGGGCGCGGGACAGCGAGCGGGCGGGUGCGCCCGGGCGCGGCGGCGGCGAGGACCAGGAGCUCCAGCCUGCGCCUCGAGCUCGGGUCAGACAUUAUUUAGCUCUUCGGUUGAGCUUCGAUUGGUCAAACCGCGCCGCCCCCCGCCCCCCUCCCCCGGCUCGCCCGCGCCACCGAUACCCGUGCGGGGCGGCCGCUUAAAGGGAACGCCGCGCCUUUUCCUCGCUCCCGCUCAGCUCCUGGGACUCCCGGGGCUCCCCGGGUCCGCGCAUCGCACUCCGCCUGUCCCUGGGACCCCACGACGUGGCCCCGCAAGCCCCGCGCCAGCCGGGGGUGGCUGGGCAGAAUGUAAGCGCCGCACCCGCCGCCUCGAAGGGCAACCUACCCCCCGCCCGGGGGAACCCCGCAUCCGCGCCCUUCGCGGAAACCCCGGCUGGGCGCGCUGGGGCGGGCAGGAGCUGGUGCGAAUCCCGCGUCCCCGGGGUCUUGCUCCCCUCCCUGGCAACUCCCUCCGCCCCAUCCCAGCACCCAAGUUCUGCGGGAGAGGGCGUGCGUUAACCGGGCCAUGA